AUGGAACCUGAUCCGGAGAUCACGGGCUCUGAGUCCGUAGAACGAAAAGGAUCAGUACGACGAGCACGAGAGAUGCUGAAAGCCGGAAAACGUCCCGAGCAUGUCCCAGAACCAGUGCCGACUUUCAGGACCAAUCCGGCACAUAUGACCCAAUGGCCUCUACCUAACGACGGAUUUCAACAAAUCGAUGUGGCCAAUGCCCACGCGCGGCUAAUAGUCCCCAAAGGUCCCCCACCCCAGCGACCCCCUCGGCCCGACUGUCCUUCGCCUUCUGUGUAUUCGGAAAGAAGUGUUGAUGCUGUACCCAGCCCGCUGAACGUCAAACGGCCUAUUCCUUCCUUCUCGCAACCUCUUCCAAUCCAACCAGCACUGCGACCGGCAAUCCGAGUACCCAUCCCGCCCAGUCCAAGCAGUGUUGCAGGUUCAACAACCCGGGCAUCCAUCGCUACCGAAGACCUAUUCAGGCAGUCAGGAGUAUCGUCAGUCGGUACUAUCUCUCUCACUGACUUACCAGGUACCGCCCAUCCAUUGUCUACGGAACAUGGUGCUGCCUCAGGGCUUCCAUUGAGAAAAGCGGGUGGCCUUGCUCCGCCGAUGCCGGCAUUACGACCCGAUGACCAUCGUGGAUCCUCCGUCUCGCCUAUUCCAGAGGAACUGCCGGAUAGUCCGACGAUCUCGAAAGAGCUUCACGCGCCAAGUCGACCAUAUCCUCCUAGUUGGUGCUCUGGGCCAGCCGAGUCGGAGAUCUUAGGUACUUAUCUGGAUGGCGACUCCGAUGAUAGUGGAUCACAACAUUCUGUGCAGGUAGCCGCCCCUGCGCUCCUACGACAAGCAAGUAUUGGGACCCGCGGGAAGCCUGCAUUGCGGACAAUCCAGAAGUCUAGCACAAACUCGCCUGUGCCACAAAUGGACAAGACCCCGGUGUCUGCCAGACCAACUACAGCCGACACGGCAACCACGGAAGCGGUUCUGAAGGAGAUUGCUAUUGGUAGAGAGCGGAAUGACAGUUUAUCAACAGUGUCGUCUGGCUCGACGCAUUGCGGGACGGAAAAGGCCCCAAUCAUGCUAGACCUCAGUGCUGAACAUCCCACGUUGGCUCGUUCUCUCGAUCAAAAUGCGGCUCUGAAGAAAGAGGCUGGAGGGCUUCCAAAGGCGGCGCCAGCAAUGAGCGAGAAAAGGCCAAUGGCUCGUCGACCUCCUAGAUUGGACAUGAAUGCUGUUCGCGAUGCAGAGGCACGUGGAAGUCUGACGAGUUUACCUGAUUUGAUUCGCCGAGCAACUAAACUCGCAUCCAACCUCGAGCAUGGUCGGACUGCAAGCAGAAACGACCUGCUCAAUGGAGGAAACUCUCGGUUUCAUCAAAGACGUAAUUCGGGAUCAAUUCAAAGUAUUCUGGCAUCGUUUCCACCUCCCGCCGCGGUUCAGGACGGUGCUCACUCAUCCUGGCCAUUCUUUUUCCGACGAUCCACACUCCAUCAGAUUCACACUAAUGAGCCACCCCAAGCAGCGGACCAGGAGAAAGCCCAGCCAAAGCAGGCCCGCCGGUGCUGCGGCAUGCCACCCUGGCUUUUCGGACUUGUCUGUGUGCUUAUUAUCAUUAUCAUUCUGGCUGCUAUUCUGAUUCCCGUGUGCCUGGUCGUCCUCAAGCACAAGUCGAGCGGGUCCGACUGUGCGAAGUCUACGCCGUGUGAGAAUGGUGGUGUCAGCGUUUCAAGCGGAGAUGUCUGCUCCUGUGUUUGUGCCAAUGGUUAUACAGGCACUCGUUGCGCAACUGCGGGCGAUGCCAGCUGCGUGACAGCCACGAUCAAUGACAAGAGUGCCACCAUGGGCAGUGAUCUUCCAGACCUGUUCGAAGGCGCUCAGCAAAAUUACAGCAUCUCACUUGAUGAGACUACCAUCAUGGCUCUGUUCAGCCAGAACAACGUCUCGUGCACCACCGAAAACAGCCUGGUCUCCUUCUCGGGCAUCUCAACCAGCAGCAGCAAAUCCCGCCGUGCGUUCCUGCCCUGGUAUGACCUGACUGAAUCUUCCAACUCCAACCCGCUGCCUUUCACCUACGAACAAUCACCGCCGAUAUCAGCCACCCCGAAUCUGCCCACGCAAGUUCUCGUGGCCCGUGCCUCUAUUGCUACAGAGAACGGGAUCAUCUACGACGAUACCCCACCGACCAAAACUGGCGAGGCUGGGACGGCCACAGCCACUGCUACAACUACUCACGCAGCAACCGCCACAACGGAUGUCCGUCACCCCGGCUCGCAAACGACCUCGACAGUGACGGCAGCCAGUUCCUCGCCCACGUCAACCGCGGAUGCAUCUUCAUCUUCCAAGACGACCACGGUAGUCUCGAGCAAAGCCCUGAAUUUCGCUCGCAUUUCGGUCCUGUACAUCUUCCAGGAGACCGGGACCUUGUCCGCCGCUACGUUCGCGGGGAACGACCUCCAACUGUACCUGACGAACGUCUACACGGAGGAGUCGAAACACAUCCAUGCGGUUGACUUAAGUCCCUCCGGGGUCAAGGGGAAUUUCACGCUGAACUUUGAUCAGUACGAAAUCACUUUGCCAAAUGGCAACGUCGUUGGAGGAUAG